AUGGCAGUCCCACAAGAUGCCGAAGAACCGGUUUGUCCUGAACGUUUUCGAGCUAGCCUCAAGGAAUCGUCUUUCACUGUGCCAGAUAUCGCUACAAAAGUUUUCAAAGAGGAAUGCACAUACUGCUUCCGAACACCCUUCUUUCCAGGUGGUCUUUUCGUGUGCCUGAAAACCUAUGCCUGCUUUUGCUUCACCCAUGUAGGGCUGUAUGCAGAGCAGUCUCGAAACACCUUAUUUCUUCAUAUCUUCAGUAAAAAGGUUAAUCUUGAGUCCGAAGAAGAAUCCGAUGGUGAGCCAAAGGACAAGAUAACGCGUCUUGCUAUUGAUACGGGAUUCGAGCAGAAAUUUGAUGUUCAAGACACAUAUUCUCUGGUCUCGUUCCCACACAUUAAUGCCAAAUGUGCAAUUGAUGAAAAACUUGGUGCAGAUUUAUAUGGAACAUGCCAGUACGUGAUUGCUGCCACAAGUGCGGAGCGAAUAGCGUUGCUACAAAGUGCUAGCAAUGCUUGGGACGGAGAGCUUAAACAAAUAACCAAACAUGCAAACCUGGACCAGUUAUCAAAUGGGAAAAUCAUUCCAAUGAGUGGCUGGACUUGUGAAGCGGAUGGUUGCACUAUGAACGAAAACUUAUGGUUAAAUUUGACCGAUGGUGCGAUCAGAUGUGGUCGAAGUCAGUUUGUCGCAGAAGGUCAGAUGUGCAAGGGAAACAAUCACAUGAAGCAGUACUACGACGCCACUGGAUACCCCUUGGUAGUUAAAUUAGGCACCAUUUCAAGUGAUGGAACUGCAGACGUUUUCAGUUACGAUGAGGAUGACGCUGUUAUCGAUCCCAAUUUAGAGAAGCAUCUAGCCCAUUUCGGAAUUGAUCCGAAAAAGUUGAAAAAGACGGAAAAGAGCACAUUGGAAUUGGAGCUGGACAUGAACCAAAAAUGGGAGUGGGCAAAAUGCCAAGAAGAUGGUGCAAGUUUGGAAAACAUUUUCGGUCCUGGUUACACAGGCUUGAUCAAUCUUGGAUCCAGCUGUUAUAUGAAUUCGGUUUUGCAAUCUCUAGUAGUUGUUCCGUCAUUUGUAACCAGGUUUGUCGACGGCGCCGGCCCCAUAUUAGCUAGAGUACCUCCUCUUGAAGAGAACAGCAACAUGAAUGGUAUCAAGCCGUCACAGUUCAAACGAGUUGUAGCUGGUAAUCAUCCAGAAUUCUCCUCCAGUCGGCAGCAAGAUGCUGAAGAAUACAUCAGGUUUUUACUGGAUAAAAUCUCGUCGAACACACCGGUCGAGGUCCACGAUCCAACGUUUUCGUUGAAGUUUAAGAUGGAGAGCAGAUUCGAGGAUAUUGCGUCUUCCAUGGUACGGUACACGGAUAGGGAAGAAACAGUGCUGGCUGUACCGGUUCCGAAGGUGGCAGCAAUUAGGGCUGGAGAAGGAGAAGGUCAACGCUCCACUGUUGCACUAACAGACUGCCUCCACGCGCUGUUCGAACCAGAAACGAUUGAGGACUUCGUGAGUCCUAUUACAAAGGAGAGGAAAGGAGCGCGAACAACCAUAAGAUUCAAAACCUUUCCGGACUUUCUUUUUCUACAGGCGCAGAGGUUCACGAUGUCACCAGAUUACACCGUAAAGAAGCUCGACAUUGAUUUGCAGGUUCCCGAUGAAAUAGAUCUAUCCGGUCUUCGAGGAAUUGGAAAAAAAGAGAAUGAGACGCUUCUUCCUGACGAUGCAGCAGGAUCUGUACCACCUGCAUUGCCAGACUAUGACAGAUCCAUCGCCGAACAAUUGGAAGCGAUGGGAUUCACGCGGAAUGCAUCGAUCAAGGCAGCGAUUGAAACUGGUAAAAGUGGAGGCGUCGAGGCAGCUGCUGAAUGGGUCAUGAAUCGUCUAGACGAUCCGUCGCUCAAUGACCCUCCAGCUAUUGCUGCUGGUGGCCGUUCAGCUCCUGCUGCACCGGCACCCAUGGAGGGGCUCAAUGAGCUGGUAGCUUUCGGUUUUACGCCUCAUCAGGCCCGCUACGCACUGAGUCGAAAUCCGGACGCAAAUGCAGCUGCAGAGUGGCUUUUUUCUCACGCUCAAGAAGUUCCUCCGGAAUGCGGCGCUGCUAUCCCCGGUGAAAACACGACACCUCUGGAAACAGCUGCAGCUCGUGAAUUUAGCGAUGGAAGCGGCAAAUAUCGUCUCGUCGCUUUCAUUAGCCACAUGGGUAACAGUCCGCACUCUGGCCACUAUGUGGCUCAUGUGAAGAAGGAGGAUAGAUGGAUUCUUUUCAAUGAUGAAAAAGUGGCUAUAUCGCAGAACCCACCUCGUCAAUUAGCCUUAUCUCUAUCUAUUCCAAAGAGCAGAGUAAUGGGUAUUCUCAUCGUGUUGUCAAAUAUGAAAGCAAUCUACAAGUUUCCCUCUUGGUUUUUUUUAUGA